UGGGAUCCAGUGAAGGCGGGGCGUUACUAAGGCACCGCCGACUGCAGGUAAACGCCAAUAACAUGGUGCCUCGGCGACUAGUCUGUUUACGCCAAGAAACGGUAACGGGGAGUUGUUGAAAACGGUUAAAUUUCUACUUUUGUUUUGUAAACCGACCAAAUUUUAUAGUUUUAUUUUUUUUUAUCGUAUUUUCGGUUAUGGGAUUGCUUGAGUACUGAUGUGUCACUUGUCCCAAUGGAAAGGGGGCUUCGCUUUGGCAACGUGGGCAAAUCCCUUGUGCUGCUGCUGUUGAUGUUAAGAGCUGUGAGUGCGAUCACCGUGCAGUUUAACUCUCUGUCCCGGACAGAGCUGGAGACAGCGGACACGGUGAUGGAGCACGGGCUGGAGAGCAGCAUCGGGGACGCCACGGUGGAGGACGACGAGAACAGCGCGGCUGGAGACAGUGAAGAUCCGGCCGGAGACAACGACACAAACGUCAACCAACACACCAGAAGCUUGGUGAUCAUUAGCACUCUGGAUGGGCAGAUUGCGGCUCUGGAUCCUCUGAAUCACGGGCGCAAACAGUGGGAAUUGGACGUGGGCUCUGGCUGCCUGCUGUCAUCCAGCUUCAGUAAACCAGAGGUGUCUGGGAAUAAGAUGUUCAUCCCGUCUCUGGACGGAGCUUUGUUUCAGUGGAACAGGGACAGGGAACGCAUGGAGGCUGUUCCUUUUAGUGUGGAGUCCCUGCUCGAGUCUUCUUACCGUGUUGGCGAGGACACUGUGCUGGUUGGAGGAAAAUCGCUCACUACAUAUGGUCUGGGAAUCUACAGUGGCAAGCUGAAGUAUAUCUGUUCAGCUGUGGGCUGCAGUCAUUGGGGAGAGGAGGACACCGAGCCAGAGGACAUGCUGUUACUGCAGAGAACACAGAAAACCGUCCGAGCUGUGACCCCCCGCAGCGGCUUUGAGAAGUGGAACUUCAGCGUGGGAAACUUUCAGCUAAAGUUUGUUCCAGAGACUGAGACACAGCUCAGCUCCUUGGAAGGGGAAACUGGCAACAAGGAGGCAUGGCAUGAACUGCCACAUGACUGGCAGCGUGUGAUCCUGGAGGACGCAGAAGCACGCAGUCAAAACCAUGCUAACGCACACGUACGGGCAGAAGGGAUGGACCUGGUGAUCAAAGUUUCUAUUCCAGAUUUGAAGGUCAUGGCAUUUAGCAGUGGACCUGGAGGACAGCUCAUCUGGGAGCAUAAGUUCUGCACACCCAUUGCCUCAGCCUGGUUGGUCAAAGGAGGAAUGGUGACCCCUAUCAGUCUGUUUGAUGACACCUCUUACACCGUCCAGCCAGAGAGAGAGAUUCACGAGGAGGACGAUGACCUCAUGGAGGAGGCGCGUGGAGCCAUGGAGUCGAGUAUUUACCUAGGGAUGUUUCAAGGUCAGUUGUAUUUACAGUCUUCAGUUCGAAUGACUGAGAAGUUUCCUUCUAAACCCAAAGCCCUGGAUAGCGACCAUUCCAGAAGAGACAUCAUUCCUCCACCCACUGUCAAAUGGAAGCCUCUCGUCCACUCUCCUUCACGCACUCCGGCGCUCGUGGGGACAAAAGAGUUCGACAAGUGUUUGAACAACGACAAACAUUCUUAUGAGGAGUACAGCAAUGGUGCUCUGUCUAUACUGCAGUAUCCUCACGAUAAUGGGUACUACUUCCCAUACAGUUCACGGUACCGUGGUCGGCGUGAGGUAACUGCAGUGAGCGUACUACAUACCACCGAGACUGGAGGGAUGAGGAGGAAAGACCCAGUGCUACUUCUGCCAUGGUGGAAAGAGAUGUUGGGCACCAUCAUCUUUUGUAUUGCCGCUACCACUUACAUCGUUCGCAAGUUCUUCCACCCACACACAACGUACAUUCGGCAGCGGAAGGAGUCUGAGACACAGUGUCAGACAGACAACAAGUAUGAGCCGGACACCAGCGAACCCAGGGAGGCAGUCACAGAUGCACGGCCCAGUGAAUACGUGUCUAGGUACCUGACAGACUUUGAACCAGUGCAGUGUUUAGGUAGAGGCGGCUUCGGAGUUGUUUUUGAGGCACGGAACAAAGUCGACGAUUGCAAUUACGCCAUCAAGAGGAUCCGGUUACCCAACAGGGAAGUGGCCCGUGAAAAAGUGAUGCGGGAGGUGAAGGCCUUAGCGAAACUGGAGCAUCCAGGUAUCAUCCGUUACUUCAAUGCUUGGCAGGAGAGCCCACCUCAAGGCUGGCAGGAGGAAAUGGAUCGACGCUGGCUUAAAGAUGCCAGUGCUACUGAUUGGCUGCUCAGCUCUCCGGACCACAUGGAGGCUUUUUCUGUGAAGGUGCCUGUCCCUACUCCAUCUCCUCUGGAGUUGCAGUGCGAGUGUGUGGCUGGUUGCAACGUUGGUGUACUUGCUGAGGAUCACGUGUGCGUGGACGGUUUGGGGCUGGACAGCAUGAUGUCGGAUCAGGACAGUCAUGCCGACAUUGACCACAACACGGAACUAUCGGGAUCUCCGCAUUCGUUUGAGCUCUGUCCUCCCCGCACGGUGGCCCAUAACGACUGCACUUCUUCUUCAUUUGACAUCAUUUUUGAAGACUCUGGAUGCGACCAGCACGACAACGACACAGAGCUCAGCCGCUCCACACCCAAUCAGAUGCAGUGUCCCUCUCGGUCCAGUUCCAGAUCUCACCACACCGCUUCCUCAGACCCAUCCUCUUUCACUCCUCCUCGGCCAACAUCUCUAAAGCUGCCACCUCAAGCUCCCAUUCCUGCUCCACGGCUGGCCCUGACUCCAAAAGUCUACCUGUACAUCCAGAUGCAGCUGUGCAGGAAGGAGAACCUGAAGGACUGGAUGGCACAGCGCUCUCAGCCUGAGCUCAGAGAGCACUCGCAGUGUCUCGGCAUCUUUUUGCAGAUCGCAGAAGCUGUCGACUUCAUCCACAGCAAGGGGCUUAUGCAUCGAGAUCUGAAGCCCUCUAAUAUCUUCUUCACGCUGGAUGACGUAGUCAAAGUGGGGGACUUUGGGCUGGUGACUGCUAUGGAUCAGGAGGAAGAUGAAGAUGAGGAAAUAAACACACUCACCCCUAUGCCAGCUUACGCUCGCCACACUGGACAAGUGGGUACUAAACUCUACAUGAGCCCAGAACAGUUGUCAGGUAACUCUUACUCUCAUAAAGUGGACAUUUACUCUCUGGGGUUGAUCCUGUUUGAGCUUCUCUGCCCGUUCCGCACACAGAUGGAGAGAGUCCGAACUCUCACCGAGGUCCGGGAGCUACAGUUUCCUAUGGCUUUCAUUAAGAAAAAUCUUCAGGAGGCUCAGAUGGUGCGCGCCAUGCUCUCUCCCGUUCCUGCCGAACGACCCGAAGCAUCCGAGAUCACAGAGAUGCCACUGUUUCAAGAGCUGGAGGUGCCAUGCAGAAUCAGACAGCGCUCACGAACGUACAGCGCCUCAUCCACGGGCCGACCAUCACGACAGCUUUCCAGCUCCAGUUAAAAACCCAGAUGUGCCCACCGAGCUCUCGCCACCUUCUCAGCACCUCAACUGGAAAUGAAGCACUAUUUUUUGAGUCCUCACAAUCGAAGCACAUGCUAUAAUCUCAAUCUUUAUCUCUAGAAAACAGGGGGAAUUUUAUUCAUUCUAUCUCGAGCACAAACCCACACACAGAAGCCUGCCUGCAAUGCCUCUGCCUCUCACCUGCCUCACUGCAUUGACUUUUUCUCACUAUCCGGGUCAGCCUCAUGGCCUUCUUCCAUCCUUUACACACUGAAGACUUUCACUCAGGAGAGAAGAUGCUAACCAAACUGCUCGUCACGGAUCAAGCUCAGAUUCUGAAGCUCAAUGAUGGACGCAUCAUCAUCUUUACCUCAGUUGCUCGUCCACACCGUGUACACACAUUCAUGGAUUUGUCAUUGUGGAAAUGAAACAUAUUACAUUGCUGAAUGAAGGAAAGCUGAUUAAUGAGCUGCUUUGGAACGCUGGUCGCUCACCUUUUUUUUUAUUUUUUUUUAUAGGAAGUAGCACAGGACUGGCUUCCUACAAACUAAAGCUACAUUAUUUCUAAGAUUCUGUCAGUUUUCUCAUUUCUAUUGUAAAUAGUCCUAAACUCCAAAAGAGCGUCAGAAACUUGUUAAUGGUGCAUGAUGGAAACUGAAGACAUUUGUUGAAGGUUUUUUUUGGGCACAGUAGCCUUCUGGCACAUGGGGACGGUGUAUCUGCCUUAGUAACAGAGUAGUAGACAAUUCUGCCAACUUCCUAAUUGUGCUGAUGGAAUAUAUGAAUAUUGUGUGAUUGAUUGCUUUCUAACAGAAUGAUUGGAAUCAACAAAUUUUUUUUUUUUUUGGAAACUAUACAUGUAAAGAUGAUGGUGUAGAAUACUUUUUAUUAAUACCAAAACGGGUUGUGUACUCGCUCGAAACGAAUUUCAUUCUGACUUCCAGCUGACAGGAAACUUGCUCACUGCUUAUAGAUUUAUUUCCAUAAAGGGUAUUUGAUUGGUGGGAAUAAUAAUAUUUUUGGCACUUGGUGCAGUUUUCCUCUGAUAGUGUGUCUAUUCAUUGUCCCUUAACCUUUAAUUUAAUUGUGCUAAAAUCGCAAGAUGCAACUUUAGACUUUUAGAGGAUGGAGGUAGAAUCACUCUUGAUCACGUUAGUAGUCUUGUUUUGUUUUUUUGGGGUUUUUUUUUGCUGUCUGUAGAAGGUGUGUGUGAGUGAGUGAGUGAGUGAGUGAGUGAGUGAGUGAGUGAGUGAGUGAGUGAGUGAGUGAGUGAGUGAGUGAGUGUGUGUGAGUGAGUGAGUGUGUGUGAGUGUGUGUGAGUGUGUGAGUGUGUGUGAGUGUGUGAACAGCUCUCUACAUGACUAGACUAGUGCAAAAAAGGACAUUUAUUGUUAAUCACACAUACAGACCUUAUCAAGACCUUCAGGACAUGUCUCACCUUUCUCCUGUUUUCGAGUUUCCUUUAAAGCUUUAUCUCUGCUACCAUGUUUAUUUUAUUUAUUUACUUUUUCCCCCCAUCAGCAUGCCAUUGGAAUACAAUGAAACCUUUUACUUUUCACUAUCAGUAUGUGGCCAUAGAACAAGUUUUUAGAACAACUUUUAUAUCGAUUAUUCUGUUCCUCAGUUCACAACUGUGACUAGUUCAUGCUAAUAAUAGCAUUGAGCAGGUACAGACUUGAAUUUUUCCUUAAUGUGUCACUGUAAUUCGAUUAUUUCAGUAUACAUCCGUCCAGUUUACGUUCUGACGGUUUUCCCUGUAACACUUCGAUGCCCUGUCAGUUUUCCUGACUGUCCGUUGUAAACCUGUAAUCUUUGGGCACAAUCUUUUUUCUCCUUUUGUCCUUUGUAAAUAUGUUCUUGUUUUUAUUUAUGUUCUUUGCAGAAUCAAUCCUUUUGGGUUGGUGAUGAUGUAUAAAUGCACUUCAUGACGUGGAGUGUGUUGAAAUAUUGUGACUUCUUACAAGUCAAAACUGAAUAAAUAUUCUAUGAACUUUGGUAAAAAAAAAAA